AUGUCGUGGAUUUCACUUGAAUUUGCUUUUCAAAUGAUAGUCCCUGUUUUGACUUCAAUGUUCGUGCACCUUGCCAAAAAUCAUUUCGGAAGCGAAUUACUUUUGGACGACAUUCAAGCAUCCUGUUACAAAAUUCUUGACAGCCUUUACUUAGUUAAUGGGCUUUCGAUAGCUUAUUCACAACGACGUUCAAUUCAAAUUGAAGUAGAAAGACACCGCGCAGCUUUGGGACAAUGCCUUGGGGCAUUUGCUGCUACUUUUCCUGUAGCAUUUUUGGAAAAUGAAUUCAAUUCCUCAAAUAAAUUGUCGGUGCUGGCUAAAAGUAGAGAGCAAUCUGUUCAAGUUCAAGAAAUGCUUCAAAAUCUUUCACAACAUAUUCCACAAUUAGAUAAAAUCCUUCUUGACAUUGAACAAACUGCUGAGAAAGGUGUUCUCUACAUUGAUUCUCCAAAUACAUUUGAUGUUGAUCUGCCUCUAAUUUGUUCAUAUCUAGCAUAUUGGUGGCAGUUUGGCCCAGAAGGUCCUAAUCGACCCUCACUUCCAAUAACUCAAGUCAGCAGUGAACACAUAAACCGUUUCUUCUGUUCACUUCUCCGAUUGAUGCGUGAUCAUAUUGGACGAGAAAUUGCUCCUUGGCUUUGUCGAGCACAUUCCUCAGCUGUUCCUUUAAUUCAAUUUGUUAGUUGUGAUCCAGUUAAAGAUUAUUUGUUGCCUGUCGCUGAACAUUUGAGAAAUAUGGCAGAGAAGGCAUAUACGGAAGAGGAAAGAAUGAGAACACAUCCUGAUGAAGCUGAUGAUGCGGCUGUGGCUGAGGAUAAUGCUCGUCUUGUCAGAGAUGUCUAUGCCUUUUUCCCAAUAUUAAUGAAAUAUACUGAUUUACAUCGUGCUAAAUGGUUAAAGACUCCUUCGUGGGAAAGUGAUGGAAUUUAUGAAAAUGUUGCCGUUAUCUUUAGGAUAUGGUCCUUAAGUCAACAUUUCAAAAGAGAGGAGCUUAACUAUAUGGCUCAAUUUGAGGAUAAUGAUACAGAAGAUGGAGGAGGUGCUAGAGGUGAAAUGAAGACUGGUAAGGCAGCAAUUGCUGAACGAAAGAAAAGACGCCGUGAAGGGCAAGUUCGUCGUAAUAAACAUGCAAAUAGCAUAGUAAUUGCUUGUCUUAAACGGCUUCUUCCUGUCGGAUUAAAUGUUUUUGGUGGAAGGGAAUUGGAUAUUGUUCAACAAAGCAAGGAACGUUUUCUGGCAAAAGAAAAUGAGGAUAAAGUUAGAGAAUUUAUUAAAGGACGUCUUUUACUUCCUGUGCGUACUGAUCCAACAGACAAAAAUGCCUGGCAGUUAAAUUUAUAUCGAAAAAUUGGAAAAUCACAAAUGCGUGGUAAAGAAGAAAUGAGUCAUGAGGCGGUUGUUGACAAAAUUGUAAAAAUGGGGCAAGUAGUUGCGAUUCUACACACGACCGAACAUCCCCAAUCUUUUAAACCUUCUGAAUGGAAGAAAAUGGUCAGCAAUCAAAGAAAACGUGCCGUAGUUGCUUGUUUUCGGAUGAUUCCAGUCUACAGUAUUCCCAGGCACCGUGGUAUCAAUUUAUUCCUACCUGUGUUCAGUCAAAAAUGGUUAGCGGAUGAAGAUGUUGACCAAGAUAGAUUAGUUGCUGAUGUUUGUGCUAGUAAUACACCUGGAGUAGCAUCUACUACUAUACGAUCUAUUGAAUCGGCUUCACCAGUUGUUGCACAUCUUGUAGAAGAUGAGACUGGCCUUCUCAAAAUUGAAGAGGGACCAAACGAAAAACAAAGUAACACAAAUCCUGAUGCUCUGAGUCAGCUUAUUCAAUGUUUUCAAAGAGCAGCCACUAGUGAGGAGAGUGGAAAUCAAUCUUUUAGCACUGCGGAUGACAAAUUAUUCAUUCGCUAUGCUAAAGUCAUGUGCCGUUCUGUCCAUAUUGACAAAGAAGAUGAGGAUGGAGGGGGAGGUGAAAACGAUAAAGAAGUCGAUCAGGCCGAAAAAGAAGAAAUGGUUCAAGCACUUCGGGUCGAACAAGCAGUUCUUGCAAAUAGGGGUGCAGCAAUUAUGUGCUUGAUGUAUCUUAGUGCCGCAAAUGGAGAACCGAAUGAAAUGGUGGCUGAAACGCUGCAAUUGGGCAUUCAUUUAUUAAGUGGAGGAAACAAGGAUAUUCAAAAGAUGAUGCUAAAUUAUUUACAAACAGUAAAAGAUGUUCGCUUCUUCAUUUCUCUAUCGGGAUUAAUGUGCAAAUGUAGUGUUCAAAUUUGGAAAUGUUUGAACGUCAAAUAA